CUCGAUUUUUCUUCCCCAUUCAUUUCAUUUUCUCAUCCUACCUCUGUAAUGUUUCAAAUCCCUGUUCUCUUUAUAGUUCAGAUCCAACCGUACUCUCUCUCUCUCUCUCUCUCGGUUCAUUUGCGCGAGCUUGAGUUUCACGGGAUGCCCAUCUGGGAGAUGUAAUUGGGUAAGUCAUAUUCGGAGCUUUCCUCGAUUUUCUUGCACUCUCGAUCUUUCUUGCAAAUUAUAUCAUGAAUCGUCCGAAUUCAGAACAUGGGUUUUUCCCCGAUGAAGUCAUUCUCCAAAUUCUUGCUAGGUUACCCGUUAAAGACCUCCUCAGAUCCAAGUCUGUCUGCAAACUAUGGCACAAAUUGUCCUCUGACAAGUAUUUCAUUCAACUCUACAAUAAACUCUCUGUCAAGAACCCUAUGGUACUAGUCGAGGUCUCAGAGUCAUCUGAAUCAAAAUCAAGCUUGAUCUUUAUUGAUAAAUUGUCUGGUGUUUGUGAUUUCUCUUUGGAUUUCAUUAAAGAUAGAGUCAAAGUUAGGGCUUCAUGUAAUGGCUUGUUGUGUUGCUCUAGCAUACCUGAUAAGGGUGUGUAUUAUGUAUGUAAUCCCAUGACUAGAGAGUAUAAACUGCUUCCCAGAAGUAGGGAGAGACCUGUUACUAGAUUUUAUCCAGAUGGUGAAGCCACCCUUGUUGGUUUGGCUUGUGAUUUGUCAAUGCAAAGGUUUAAUGUUGUCUUAGCGGGUUAUCAUCGAUCCUUUGGGCAUAGGCCUGAUAAGACUUUCAUAUGCUUGGUAUUUGAUUCAGUGUCGAACAGAUGGAGGAAGUUUGUGUCACUGCAAGAUGAUUAUUUCACCCAAAUGAAUAGGAACCAGGUUGUUUAUGUUAAUGGCUCGUUGCAUUGGUUGACCAGUAGUUGCUCUUGUAUACUUGUUCUUGAUUUGAAUUGUGACAUUUGGAGGAAAAUUUCAUUGCCGGAUGAAUUGUGUUCCGGAUCUGGAAAUAGGGUUUAUUUGUUGGAGCUGGAUGGGGACUUGUCCGUAGUUCAGAUUUCAGAGGCUUGGAUGACUAUUUGGGUUAUGAAAGAUUACGAGAGGGAAGAAUGGCAUAUGGUGGAUAGAGUGAGUCUUAGAUGUAUAAGAGGAAUGGUGCCGGGUAUUUUUCCAAUAAGUCAGGCCAGUCAAUAUGUGUUCUUGGCCACCCAUAAGCAGGUUUUGGUGUAUUAUCGAAAUAGCAGACUUUGGAAGGAGAUGUAUUCCGUGAAGAACAGCUGUACGCUUCCUUUGUGGUUUUCUGCAUAUGACUUUCGGAGCACAAUUUUCUCUUGCCUCUGAGUUCUGGAGACUGCGUCUGAUGAACUACUGUAUAGGGAGCUGGUAUUGCAAUUAUAUCUACAUUGUUGAUUUUCAAUUGUCAAGGUUAUUUUUUUUUAGAAAUGCAGUGCGGAAUUUAGUACUCUGCUAGUAGAUUUUAUAUGGAUUUUAGCACCUAUAAUGAAUAAUUUUUCAGGCCAGCUUGCUCUUGCUUUUGUGAAUUGAUUUGAAUUAUCCCAAGUUAUUGAAGGGGUGGUAACACCAAUUCCUUUGUUGCCAAUUACAGUGCGUGCAUUUACUCAA